CUGGCACGAGCCACAGUACGUGAUCCCAAAACCGGUGUCCUUACAGUGGCUAGCUACAGGGUAUCAAAAAGCUCAUGGUUGGAGGAAGAUGAUGAUCCUGUUGUAGCCAAAGUGAAUCAACGAAUGCAACAGAUCACAGGGUUAACAGUGAAAACAGCUGAACUAUUGCAGGUUGCCAACUAUGGAAUGGGAGGACAGUAUGAACCACACUUUGAUUUUUCUAGGCGACCCUUUGACAGCACACUCAAAUCGGAAGGAAAUAGGCUAGCGACGUUUCUUAACUAUAUGAGUGAUGUAGAAGCUGGAGGAGCUACAGUUUUCCCCGAUUUUGGGGCAGCAAUAUGGCCCAAGAAGGGAACAGCAGUGUUUUGGUACAAUCUUUUCAGAAGUGGCGAGGGUGAUUAUAGAACAAGGCAUGCAGCUUGUCCAGUGCUAGUAGGCUGUAAAUGGGUUUCAAACAAAUGGUUUCAUGAAAGAGGAAAUGAAUUCUUAAGACCGUGUGGGAGAACAGAAGUUGACUGAAACCCAACCUGCUGCAGACCUUUGUUUCUCUGUCUCCUUUUCUACUGUUGUUUGUUCCAGUUCAUUUCUAAGAAAUGAUCCAUCUUUUUUUCCAAGAGUCCUGGCACUUUAGCAAAAAAGGACAACAAAAUAUGUAACACCUGUGAAAGAAAGUAAAUGGCCUUGUACACAUACUUGUGUUUUGGUUGCUGUUAUUUCCAGGUUCCCCCUGCCCCUGCCAUCCUCCUCUGACCUGCCUUCUGUCCUCCCAGCUUUCUCUGUACUAGUGGUGCAAACAGUGCUGUGGGCGAUGCAGUAUGUUUGGGUGCCUGGUCUUGUGCCUUUUGUACCUCAGAAGAUUUAGAUGUUAAAUAUUACUUUGAACCAAAGUUGGUUUUUUUAAAGUUUUGUGUACAUGUUGAUUUUAUUGUAUUUCUAUGGAUCACAAGUUUUGAAACAAAAAUAAAUGUUCUUUC